UCGUGCGUUGAGUCAUUUGACAAAUCCAUAUUUGAUGCUGGGUGGAGAGAGAGGAGGAGACACACGGCUUGCCUCCGCGUCUCUCCCAGUUCUUCUUAGGAUUUUUCCAACACCAAAAGACGUGAUAUCACACAGCCUUGCUUUCCGCCUCUGAAAUGUAAUAUGCAGCACCUGCUACGACCAGAACGAGCCUCUGCGAAGUCCGCGACGGGAGGAUAUUACGGAUUUCUCACCUGUCAUCGAUGAACUCGAUCGUUUUGCCUGCGCGUUGUUCUUGACGCGUCGUUCCGAGCGAAAACUUUUUGUCGCGUUUCAUUUUUUAAUCCGAUUAAUAGUAAAACUCCUUUACGAUGUCUUUCCAGCGGCGUAGUGACUGCAUGGAUCGGCGAAGAAACGCGCAUCUUAGUCGAAUAUCUGUGCACUUUAUUGUUGCGUCUUGCGUGGAAAUGUGUCUGAUUUAAGGACACCUCGAUUAAAAAGGCAUUGGGUUUGUUUCUCGUUUCUUUGUGUAAGAAAAUAAACAAUGCAGAUUAUCUGAGCAACAAGCGUCGCCGUACGAUGCGCACAUUCCCAAGGAAUAACGCAUCCUUUCAUUGCGCGGUGUUUUUGAAGAGACCCCCAACAUAUCCUCUCAGCAAUCUUACUUUGAUCGAGUCUAUGGGCAUCACUGAGCUCAAAUCUGUUUCGGUUUACCUAUAAAUACUUUGACAAAGUGCCUUUGUGGUUCCUAAAACGAAAAGGACACCAUGGCUUGCUUUCCAUGGCGAGUGUUUUGGAUAAUGCAAGCGCUUGUGGAUGUGACACUUUCGCAGGAAAUUUACGCACCUCAUUCCAUCAGAAUCGAAGGGGACCUGACCCUGGGUGGCCUUUUCCCCGUACACGCCCGCGGGGUGUCUGGGGAGCCGUGUGGAGAUAUCAAGAAGGAAAACGGGAUACACCGAUUGGAGGCGAUGAUGUACGCCUUGGACCAGAUCAACAGCGACAGCGAGCUUUUGCCCAGCAUCACUUUGGGCGCGAGGGUUUUGGACACAUGUUCCCGCGAUACUUAUGCCUUGGAGCAGUCCCUUACUUUUGUGCAGGCUCUCAUACAGAAAGACACGUCGGAUGUAAGGUGCACGAACGGGGAGCCCCCGGUGUUUGUCAAACCCGAGAAGGUGGUGGGAGUCAUAGGGUCUUCGGCGAGUUCAGUGUCUAUUAUGGUUGCAAAUAUACUGCGACUUUUUCAGAUUCCACAGAUCAGCUACGCUUCCACUGCCCCUGAACUGAGCGACGACCGCCGGUACGAUUUUUUCUCGCGCGUUGUGCCGCCCGACUCCUUCCAGGCACAGGCCAUGGUGGACAUAGUGAAAGCGAUGAGAUGGAACUAUGUAUCUACAGUGGCUUCCGAGGGAUCUUAUGGCGAGAAAGGAGUUGAGGCCUUUAUGCAGAUUUCAAGAGAAGCAGGUGGAAUCUGCAUCGCUCAGUCCCUUAAGAUUCCCCAUGACCACAAGCAGGCCGAUUUUGACAAGAUCAUCAGGCAGCUGCUGGAGACGCGCUACGCUCGGGCGGUCAUCAUCUUCGCUUACGACGAGGACAUCCGGGGGAUCCUCAACGCCACCAAAAGAGCAGAUCAAGUGGGUCAUUUCCUCUGGAUUGGGUCGGAUAGCUGGGGAGCCAAGAACAGCCCAAUUCAAGGCCUGGAAGAUGCCGCUGUUGGUGCCAUCACCAUCCUGCCAAAAAGAGCCACCGUUGAAGGGUUUGAUGUCUAUUUUACAUCGCGCACGCUUGAAAACAAUAGAAGGAACGUGUGGUUUGCUGAAUUCUGGGAGGAGAACUUCAACUGCAAGCUCAUGAGCUCCUCCAAAAGGGAAGACACCAGCAGAAAGUGCACAGGGCAAGAGCGAAUAGGAAUAGACUCGAAAUACGAGCGAGGGAAGGUGCAGUUUGUGAUUGACGCCGUGUAUGCCAUGGCCCACGCCCUGCACAACAUGCAGAAGGAUCUGUGUCCUAACCAGUCGGGUGUGUGUUCCGAGAUGACUGGUGGCAAGAAGCUCCUCAAGUACAUCCGCUCUGUCAGCUUCAACGGGAGUGCUGGAACGUCUGUCACUUUUAACCGGAAUGGUGAUGCUCCAGGACGAUAUGAUCUUUUUCAGUACCAGAUGAAUAUCAACAAUACUCCUUUCUACAAAGUUAUCGGACAAUGGACAGAAAAUCUUCAACUCAACAUUGAGGACAUGCAGUGGCCUAGUGGUGAGAUGGAGAUCCCCAGCUCGGUCUGCAGCCUGCCAUGCAAGAUGGGCCAGCGCAAGAAAGUGGUCAAAGGCGUGCCCUGCUGCUGGCACUGCGAACCCUGUGACGGCUACCAGUAUCAGUACGACGAGACCUCCUGCAGGCUGUGCGCCUACAACAUGCGACCAAACUCCAACCGGACAGGCUGCCAGGCCAUUCCCAUUGUCAAACUAGAGUGGCAUUCGCCCUGGGCCGUGAUUCCAGUUUUCUUGGCCAUGCUCGGAAUCGUCGCCACCAUCUUCGUCAUGGCAACCUUCAUACGUUACAACGACACCCCGAUUGUCCGAGCGUCCGGCAGGGAGCUUAGCUACGUGCUCCUGACAGGGAUAUUCCUUUGUUACAUCAUCACCUUCGUAAUGAUCGCCACGCCCGAUAUGGCGGUAUGCUCCUUCAGACGGAUCUUCCUGGGCUUAGGAAUGUGCAUUAGCUAUGCCGCGUUGCUAACCAAGACCAAUCGAAUUUACAGGAUCUUUGAAGAAGGGAAGAGGUCGGUCAGUCCGCCUAGGCUGAUAAGCCCAACGUCUCAGUUAGCGAUCACAUCGAGUCUCAUCUCCUUCCAGCUCUUAGGGGUCCUCAUAUGGUUCGGGGUGGAUCCUCCGAACACUAUAAUCGAUUAUGAUGAGCAGAAGACCAUAAACCCUGAGAGGGCCCAAGGGGUUCUCAAGUGUGACAUUACAGACCUACAAAUCAUUUGCUCUCUAGGAUACAGUAUCUUGUUGAUGGUUACAUGUACGGUAUAUGCCAUCAAAACGCGGGGAGUUCCGGAAAACUUCAACGAAGCUAAACCCAUUGGCUUCACGAUGUACACGACGUGUAUCGUUUGGCUCGCCUUCAUUCCUAUUUUCUUUGGGACAGCACAAUCUGCAGAAAAGCUGUACGUCCAAACCACCACGCUGACGAUCUCCAUGAAUCUGAGCGCAUCUGUAGCCCUCGGUAUGCUCUACAUGCCAAAAGUCUACGUCAUCAUCUUCCACCCGGAGCUCAAUGUGCAGAAACGCAAGCGCAGCUUCAAAGCAGUGGCGACGGCGGCCACCAUGUCCUCGCGCCUGUCGCACAAGCCCAGCGACCGACCCAACGGCGAGGCCAAAACCGAACUGUGUGAAAACGUGGAUCCCAACAGUCCAGCCGCUAAGAAGAAAUACGUGAGCUACAAUGACCUUGUGAUCUGAGGGCCUCCAGCAGAGGAAGAAGGUGAUCGAUGACAGUUCUUGGUUUCUCUCGGCAUUUGGCACAAAGUAAUGCGGGAAGAAAGGAUUUUUGCGUCCCUUCGUUUUCACCUCUCUUCUGCCUGAGGACCGGGACAGUGAUCAGGCUCUCAGCUAAACCAACGACUGAGGAUAUCAGCUGAUUUUUAACACCUUUAACACUUGGAAAUGAGUAAAAGCACCCAGAAAAGAACUUUAAAACAUACGAAAAAAAAGAAACAGCGACACAAAUCAAAGAAGAAAAUACAUUUUUGUUGUAUUUUUUAUUUUGGUCAUGGAUGAAGCUUGGUUGAUGUGGUUAUACAAUGGCACAACACGACUCGUACGUCUGCCAGUCAACGUAGUUCGCACUUGCCGUGACAGACCUUUGAUAAGACGAAUGAUCCGACGAUCUGUCACAGACUAUUACGGGUGUCACGUUGACGGAAUGACACGGAUUCAGAAUGCCGGCCCCGGGGCCUUUUCCUCAUCUUUACAUGUACUUCCAAACUGCAAGUUUUUCAGAUUUUCCGUGCAAAUUCGUGUGUUUCUCUCAGCGUUUCUGUUACCUUUUGCUGUUGGAUUUUUACGUUUCAGUUGACGAUUUCUUAGGUUUUCUUUGCUUUUUUGAAUGCACAUUGUAUUAAAGCCAUAUUCUUCUCUAUGAGAUCUCUAUGAGAAUACUUUUUCCGGGGUUUUUUACUUAUUUUACGGAAUUCCGUUUGGUUCAUUUCCCCUUUCUUUAUAAAUGUCUCGCGUUUUUCAGCGUUUCCACCAUGUCCGUAAGGGUUCGUAGACCAUCGACUGUGUUUUUGUGAGAGACGUUGCGUUGGUUUCGCAGUAUGUAAACCCCGGUGUUUCAGAACUGAUGGUGUUUCCGAAUUCUUUUAAAGAAAGUGUUCAUGUAGCAGUUGUCAAUGCAUGCUUGAUAUGUUUGAUGUUGAAGUAAAUGAAUAUUUCACCACAAUUCUCACACACUGGCCUGUUUAUUGAUCAUUUCAAACCAUUUUUGAUUUAUUUCUCUUUUUUCUCAGUAAGUAUCUCAUGAAUUUUUUGCCAUCCACUCACUCAAGGCAGAAUAUGGCUUUAAUUUGUCUUGAAAUUUCUGCCCCUGAACUUAUGGAGAAAUUGUGCAAAAGAUAUGAAUAUAUAUUUAAAAAAAAUCUGAAAAAAUAAAAAGCAUGUAUGUUUUA